AUGAUUCCGCACUAAACGAAGCUUGCGGCGACGCUUGCUCAAUUGAAGGCAUACGAGGGGAUUCCUCGACUGUAUGAUAAGACCAAGAGGAUGGUUAUCCCCAAUGCUUUAAAGUUACUUUUCCUUUUGAAAUGUUAAUACUGACUUUGGUUGGCUUGUGGGUUUCUGAUUCCAAUAGAUACUGACUUGAGGCUUCAGAAGGGGCACAAGUACUGUUUGAUAGGCCGCUUCUCAUCGGAGGUUGGAUGGAACCACUAUGACAUGAUCAGGGAGCUGGAGGAGAAGAGAAAAGAGAGUUCUCAGGUUGCUUAUGAUAGGAAGAAGGAGCUGAACAGACUUGGGAAAGGGAAGGCUGAGAAAGGGUGCCUGAAAAAGCUUGGCUCCCAGUUAGACAACCUUGCUCCUGUUAAGUACUAAAAUUUUACAAAUAAGGUAGUUGCAUACAGUUUUGUCCGAGGAUUAUGUCAUAAUGAAUUCCAUUAGUUUUGUUGUUUGUUUGAGAUGGCUAUAUUUGGAAGAAUUAUGAAUG